AUGAGCACCAGCGCCGCGGCGGUGACACAACGUCUGGCACCGAAACGACAAACCCUGGAUGAGGCAUAUGCGCCACCGGCAAAUUUCCUGGAAAUUGAAGUGAUCAAUCCCAUCACACAUGGAGUUGGAAAAACACGCUACACUGACUAUGAAAUUAGACUACGAACGAAUUUGCCUGUGUUUAAGAACAAAGAAUCGAGUGUGCGCCGUCGUUAUUCUGAUUUCGAGUGGCUACGAUGUGAACUAGAGCGUGACAGUAAGAUUGUUGUACCGUCUUUGCCAGGCAAAGCACUGAAACGACAGCUACCGUUUCGCUCGGAUGAUGGUAUUUUCGAAGAAUCUUUCAUUGAGGAAAGGAGAAACGGUUUGGAGCAGUUCAUCAACAAGUAUGCCUCCUUUUUUGGUUCUUCUUAUUCAUAUCGUCACUUAUUCGUUUGUAUUGCUGGCAUACAGCGCGAAAGUAAAUGCACCUCUCAUUUCCGUCUGGAAGAGUGA